GAACACGGCGGAAUAUCGACGUUUGUGUGAUUUAAAACAGUAGCGGGCACCAUGAAAGUUCGUGUAAGAAAGCACAUUCUGGAAACGUGACUGAGGAAAGGUUAUAUAACGCUUAACUCUGGCCAAUCAGAGCUCAGCAUUUCUGCCCGCGUAUCUCUGUGAGUGGAGAUGUUGACAGAAAGACGUCCUGCAUGUUCGCCGACUGUACCUCGCGUUACAAUUUAUACGCAAUCUUUGACGUGUUGUUUAAGUCGAGUGUGUGUGAAUGUAGUGUAGACUACCGUUAGUCGUGCAAGCAGUCUGGAAAUAUUUGCGUUUUUCGACUUUUUGCGUCCAAGUUGCUUGUGUGUACGCCUCGUGCGACCGUUUACUUAAAACGACGCAAUUUAAACAUCGCCGUUCUUAAUUUAUUCCCCUCAUAUGGGUUCACUUCAUCGUUGCUACUAAUCGAAACAAGAUUUGCGCCGCUUUUUCUGCGUCUGUUGUGGUCACCUGCUAUCCACACAUGCAGCCACCGCUGGUCCGAAGGCUCAACUCUGCGGAUAAAUUCAUGGAGCAAGGUUAAGGAGUAAUAAAAGAACGCAGGUGCAAUGGUGGUCAACACCAUCCACUGGUUCAGGAAGGGACUGCGACUGCAUGACAACCCAUCCCUGAGGGACUCCAUACAGGGAGCGGACACACUGCGCUGCAUUUAUAUCCUGGACCCCUGGUUCGCAGGGUCCUCUAAUGUUGGCAUAAACAGAUGGAGGUUUUUGUUACAGUGUUUAGAGGACUUGGAUGCCAGCCUGCGUAAACUCAACUCCCGCUUGUUUGUCAUCAGAGGCCAGCCUACAGAUGUCUUCCCUCGUCUUUUUAAGCAAUGGAAGAUCACCCAUUUAUCUUAUGAAUAUGAUUCUGAGCCGUUUGGAAAAGAACGUGACGCCGCCAUCCAAAAACUAGCCUGCGAGGCUGGGGUAGAGGUCAUAGUACGGAUUUCGCACACCCUCUACAAUCUGGCCAAGAUCAUAGAACUCAAUGAUGGUCACCCUCCUCUCACAUACAAGCGCUUCCAGGCCCUCAUCAGCCAUAUGGAUGCUGUGGAGCUCCCAGCAGAGACGAUCACACUCAAGGUUAUCAAAAAAUGCACCACACCCAUCAGUGAAGACCAUGAUGACAAGUUUGGGGUGCCAUCCCUGGAAGAGCUCAGCUUUGAUACAGAAGGUCUGACCACAGCAGUAUGGCCAGGUGGAGAAACAGAGGCUCUCGUGAGGCUGGAGCGGCAUCUGGAGAGGAAGGCAUGGGUGGCAAACUCUGAGCUUCCACGUAUGAAUGCCAACUCCCUGCUGGCCAGUCCCACAGGCCUCGGCCCAUACCUGCGCUUCGGAUGUCUCUCGUGUCGCCUCUUCUACUUCAAACUCACCGACUUAUACAGAAAGGUCAAGAAGAAUAACACCCCACCACUUUCCUUGUAUGGCCAGCUGUUGUGGAGAGAGUUCUUCUAUACUACUGCCACCAACAACCCAUGCUUUGACAAGAUGGAGGGAAACCCUGUGUGUGUCCAGAUCCCCUGGGACCGAAACCCGGAGGCAUUGGCCAAGUGGGCAGAGGGACAGACAGGCUUUCCCUGGAUAGACGCCAUUAUGACCCAGCUGAGGCAGGAGGGGUGGAUUCAUCAUUUUGCGAGGCAUGCUGUGGCCUGUUUCCUCACCAGGGGAGACCUCUGGAUCAGCUGGGAGGAAGGCAUGAAGGUGUUUGAAGAGUUGCUCAUAGAUGCAGACUGGAGUGUAAACGCUGGCAGCUGGAUGUGGCUUUCUUGCAGCUCGUUUUUCCAGCAGUUUUUCCACUGCUACUGCCCAGUGGGAUUUGGACGACGCGCAGACCCCAAUGGGGAUUACAUACGGCAUUACAUGCCCAUAUUGAGGGGUUUUCCAGCCAAAUACAUCUAUGAUCCUUGGAAUGCCCCAGAGGAAGUACAGAAGGCAGCCAAGUGCAUUAUAGGAGUCCACUACCCCAAGCCCAUGGUGAACCAUGCUGAGGCCAGCCGCAUCAACAUAGAGCGGAUGAAGCAAAUUUACCAGCAACUUUCCCGCUACAAAGGACUGGGUCUACUAGCAACAGUACCUGUUAAUCCCAACUCUGGUAUAAAUGGCAGUAAUGUGGGAAGAGUCAACACAGGGACCAGUCAAGUUCCAGGAGGGUCGUGUGAAAACCCCUCCACACAGGACGGAACAUCUCAAGCAGAAAGAGGACCGUUUCCACAGAAGCGGCGUUGUGUAGAGGCUCCACUUGAAAGCAGCUCUAAAUGCUGGAAGCAAGGCAAAUAGUGUGCAAAAAGCACAAUACAAAGAAUCCCUCAGUCUGUCCAAUAAGUCCAGGUACCCUCAGCUAAUAUGAAGUAGUAACUGUUGCUAACAGCCAGAAUGGGGUUGGAUCCAGCUGGUACUAUUGACUAUUUUUCCUUGAAGGAGUGAGUCAGCUGUUUAUGCCUUGAUCUCAGAUUAGACACACUUGAUAUCUCAGGAACAGAGAGAAAAUACUAAUAUUCAGUAGAAGCCUGAAAUGGCAGCAUAUAAAGCCAAAAAUAAGAUCUGUAAAGUCCUCACAUAAGGAUUUGUGAAGCCACCAGUCGUCUUCCACUAUGCAAGUGACAAACCAAUAAACAGCAUUACGAAUGCCCCUUUUGACCCUCAGCACCCACAUCAACCAGAUCAGGACAUCACUGAGGUGAAAUUGUGUAAUCAAGAGGAAAAACACCAUCUUUCCAUCAGCUAUUUCAAUCAGCUGGAUGCUUAUCUAAGCAUCAGUUCUCAUAGCUAGCAACCUGAACAUUUUGCUAAUAGCACACUGCUUCUGCCUCUGAGUCCCAUCUGAGUGGUGGGAACCAGGAGCACAAUCAGGAGGAGACGGUGGAGGAGUUGUUCUGUAGAACUGACUCCAUUUCCCACCCUUAGCACACUGACAUGCAGUAAAAUACCCAGGGCAAAGCGCUUUCCGUCUCCCUUCAGGGCGAUUCACAGUGUCAUGAAUGUAAAUAAAUGCUGUGAGAAAUGUAUUUUUCACGUUUGGAGCUCGAGGGUCUGAUGUACAGCAAUGAAGAAUAUUAUAAGAAAAGCUGUCACGUUUGGUAAUAAAGGCAGGCCUUACAAAAAACAAAUAUUUGUAAAUAUUUAUUGUUUUUGAUUUUCAACUUUUAUAUAUUUAGUCAUGGGGUUUGACAACUACUUUUCUAAAAGAGUCUCACCAAAUCUUUAAAGUUCUACUGUGAAUGCAUGUGCGUUUGUCUCCCAUGUGAUGGUACAACUUGUUAUUUUUGUACAAAGAAUGACCAAAUCCUAACUGUAUUAAAAGGGCAAUAAAAGGCAAAGUUAUAAUGA